UACGUAAGCUUAAAAAAUUGUUCACGCUAGUGCUUUAUUUCAAACAUGUCUCUGAUCCUGAAAACGUUGAUGGACGCAUGAACAGAACUUCUUAACCGAUUUUUCCAUAAACAGCAUAUUUAGCUGGUUAGAGUUUUACCUACACUAUGGAUUUCCAGCAUCGAGCUGGAGGGAAGACGGGGACAGGAGGCGUGGCCUCUGCCUCAGAAUCCAACCGAGAUCGGAGGGAACGCCUACGUCAGUUGGCACUGGAAACCAUAGAUCUUCUCAAGGACCCUUACUUUAUGAAGAACCACUUGGGCUCCUAUGAGUGUAAGCUGUGUCUGACACUACAUAAUAAUGAGGGAAGUUAUUUAGCUCACACACAAGGCAAGAAACAUCAGGCUAAUCUCGCUCGUCGUGCAGCCAAGGAAGCUAAAGAGGCCCCAGCACAACCUGCGCCAGAGAAAGCUCGCGUUGACAUCAAAAAGUUUGUCAAGAUAGGACGUCCUGGUUACAAAGUGACAAAGCAGAGGGAUCCUGACAAUGGACAGCAGAGUCUGUUGUUUCAGAUUGAUUACCCAGAGAUUGUGGAGGGAAUAAUGCCACGCCACAGAUUUAUGGCCGCGUAUGAGCAGAAGAUGGAACCUCCAGACAGGAAGUGGCAGUACCUUCUGUUUGCUGCGGAACCUUAUGAGACCAUUGCUUUCAAGGUUCCUAGUCGAGAAGUGGACAAGGAUUCCAAGAAGAUCUGGUCUCACUGGAAUAGGGAGACAAAACAGUUUUUCCUUCAGUUUGCCUUCAAGCUUGACUCAAAGCCAGCGUCAUCUACACCACAGCCACCACCCAGUGGCCCCCCUCCUCCCUCACAACCCCCAUCACAGCCCCCGUCACAACCCCCCAGUACCCCUGUUACACAAUUACCGCCUCCACCAAGGAUGCCCCCACCCCCUCGCAUGCCCCCUNUUUCCCACCCAUGCCCCCAGGUCCACCCCCUAUGGCACCUCCUCCUAUGCCCCCAGGCAGUGCCCCUCUACCUGGUCAUGCUCCACCCCCAGGUCCUCCUCAAGGCAUGCCAGCACCACCCCCUCCUCCUGUCCCUCCCCCUAUGAUGCCUUCUUCUGCCCCACCCAUUAUGCCUGUUGCCCCUGCCCCUCCACCUCCUCCCCCGCCUUCAAUGCCACCAGGAUCCUCAUAGUAACACAGUGGACAGUUCUUUGUGGACCUUAUUUACGGAAACGAGUGAACAUCUCUCAAUAGACUCAUCAAAAUGGACAUCAAUAUUCAAAUUGAACAUUAUUCCAUUGAUAUUUUCAUUACCUGACAUUAUUUUAGUAUAUGUUUCAAUAUCUUGUCUAAAUGAGAGCAGAAUGUGUUAUGUUGUCAAAAAAAAGCAGAACAUUGUAUGCCAAUUAUGAAGUCAUGUAAAAUAGGUGUAUUUCAAUUAAUUGACGUAUACCCGGUAAAUGUAUUAAAAUAAAAAAUACAAGAAAUC